GUUAUGCUGAGUCCAAUGAAGAAAAGGUAUUCGGUAAGUUUUGAUGGCGACGACUUUGAUGAUGUGGAGGAGGAUGAAGGACUAGAUGACUUGGAGAAUGCUGAGGAGGAGGGCCAGGAGAACGUUGAGAUCCUCCCCUCUGGAGAGCGACCGCAGGCCAACCAGAAGCGGAUCACCACACCAUAUAUGACCAAGUAUGAGCGAGCCCGCGUGCUGGGCACCCGAGCCCUCCAGAUAGCGAUGUGUGCCCCUGUGAUGGUGGAGCUGGAGGGGGAGACAGAUCCCCUGCUUAUCGCCAUGAAAGAGCUCAAGGCCCGAAAGAUCCCCAUCAUCAUUCGGCGCUACCUGCCUGACGGGAGCUAUGAAGACUGGGGGGUGGACGAGCUCAUCAUCACGGACUGAGCUGGAGUCAUCUUCCCAGCUGUGCCUCACCCCAGCUCCUGUUCCCACAUCCUUUACACGUGUAAAUAAUAAACUCUCUAACCUUCCCA